AUGAAUGUCACAUCAAAAGAAUCGGCCUCCGAAGUAGAAAAUAGUACAGAACCAAACCGAACGACUGCCCUUAUUGUCUGUGUUGUAGUGAUCUCGUACUCUAUUGUUAUGUUUAUCCUCAUUCUCAAUCACUUCAGAAAUAACAGUCGUCUCAUUUUACACGGACUUCCCGUGUCCAAGAAGCAAUGCCAGGGUCCUGGAGCCGUCCUAAGCAACGAGCUUCUCCGCCUCAACUUCCUGCUUUUUCUAAGUCUCCUUCAGUACGACCCCUUUCCAGGGGACAGAAUCCCUGCAUCCGAGGUCAGUGACACCGCUGCUAUUUUUAACGCUGCUGUCAGUGGAAUUCUCAGGCAGACAAUGAGAGGCAAAUCCCUUCCUCAGGGUCUGGAAUUCUUUCGCCGCUGCUUGCAACUCUUAGAGACGGGCUAUGUGAUUGGGGUGGACGAGAUUGCUGCUCAAGACAUGACUAGAAUUGAGAGGAGAAUUGCCCAACUUAAGGGUAGAAAUGAACAGCUCUGGUUGAGGAAUGAUGACACCAGAAAAUGA